AUGGAAUUUGGAUUAACCGAGGAGGAACAUGAAAAAAGGACAAGAUGGAUGGAAAAAAGAACGAAAGAAAGGUUCAGGAAGAAAAUAAAGUGUGAAGAUGUGUACGCAAGGUCAAGAAGCUCGAGUCCCGACGUAUACUCAAAAUUUUUAGAAAAACAUCGCAAAUCUCAAGAAAUAAAACAUAAUUCUAUAAAUAAAUCAAAUUAUUCUACUGAAAAUGAAGAUAAAACUUGUGAAUCGACUGGUGAUUUGAAUAAAUCCCUUGAAGUUCCUAACAAUUCUGAUAUAACAUCCACUGAUAAGAAAAGUGAUGAGGACAAUGAGUCUGAAAGUGAUAGUGAUGAGGAAUACGGACCCCAACCCCUGAAAACUAGUAACUCUCUGGAUUGGAAAGUAAGUUAUGGAGGUGAACUCAUGCCCGGUGAGGGAGAUGCAAUUGCACAGUAUAUCCAAAAGGGGAAGAGAAUACCUAGAAGGGGUGAGGUUGGACUUACCACAGAACAAAUUGAAAAUUUUGAGAAAAUCGGCUACGUUAUGAGUGGAUCAAGGCACAAGGCCAUUAACAGGAUGAGGAUCAAAAAGGAGUCAUUGGUCUUAACUGCUGAGCAAGAAAAGGCAAAGGCCUUGGAAAAGUUAGAGAGUAGAAUGAGAAGAGAAAACGAAAUCCUAAAUCACUUCAGAGAAAUGAUAAUGAAGAAGCAGGAGGAAGAGAAUAAUCAAAAUUAA